GACGUCAGCAAUGGCACGACGGUGGUAUUUGGAACGGCCAUUGACAAUGCCGGAUAUCAUCGCAGACUCGGAAGAAGGCAGAUCAUGAUGAUGACCUUCGGAGCAGGCGUAGGCACUGGCUUGUGGAUGGGAACAGGAACAGCCUUGAAAUAUGCGGGCCCUGCUGGAACUGCCAUUGCCUAUACCAUCACUGCCAUGAUUGUGUAUCUGCAGUUCACUUCCAUUGGUGAGAUGACCACAUACAAGCCUGUUCAUGGUGGCUUCAUCCGCCAGUGUGUCGAAUACGUCGAGCCGGCAUUUGGUUUCGCAAUUGGCAUCAAUUUUUGGUUUAGUUGGGUUAUAUGCAUCCCAGCCGAAAUCACCGCCGCCGUAUCAGUGCUUGAGUUCUGGCCACAAACCACUUCGGUGCCCUUGGCAGCAUAUAUCACUAUCUUUCUGGUAGCAAUAUCCCUUGCAAACGUUUUUGGGGUUCGUCUUUAUGGCCACGUUGAGUACACGAUGUCGUUCAUCAAAUGCCUAGCCAUUUUUGCAGUCAUUUUCUUCAUGCUCAUCAUGACAUCUGGCGGUAUUCCUGCCACAAAUGGGCCUAUCGAAUUCCGCUACUGGAAGAACCCCGGUGCAUUCAACAAUGGCAUCAAAGGGAUCGCCAAGGCGUUUGUCCAAGCUCUCUUCAGCUUUGGAGGAGGUGAGCACAUUGCUAUUAUCGCCGGUGAGGCCAAGGAACCAAGAAAGACGGUCCGCAACGCCGUCAACCCUAUAUUUUGGCGGAUGGCCACCUUCUUCGUGGUCAAUAUCUGGCUCGUUGGAAUGUGCGUACCGUACGAUGAUGAAAAUCUCAUCAGUAGUAGUGGCACCUUGGGAAGCCCCUUCGUCAUUGCCAUUGAAAGGGCUGGUGUGAUGUGGUUUGCCCAUGUCAUCAAUGGUUUCAUCUUCCUCACUGUCAUCAGCUGUGGGAUCACAAGCGCCUAUAUCGCCACUCGUAGUUUGGCUGCUUUGGCUGACCUGUCUAUUAUCCAUCCAUUUUUCGGCCGGAAGGAUACAAUGGGUCGACCGUAUGUGGCCUUGGCAAUCAGUAUUGUUCUGGGAGGAGGUCUCUGUUACCUCAACUGUAGCAACCAGGGGGCUGUUGUGUACGAAUGGUUUUCAGAUUUGGUGGGCAUAUCGACGCUCUUCCAGUGGGCAGGUAUCUUUAUUUCUCACAUCCGGUUCCGAAGGGGCUUGAAGGCUCAAGGCAUUGAUUACCGCUCCCUUCCCUUCCGGGAUUCUGUGGCACCAUAUGCUCAAUAUCUGGCAUUGGUAGUAGUUGUCUUCAUCGCUGGCUGCGAGUUCUAUCUUGCCUGUUUCCCAUUUGGUGAGAAAGGGUCGGCCAAGAGCUUCUUCUCGUCGUACAUUGCAGCGCCUCUCUUCUUUGUUGAUUAUCUCGCAUACAAGUUCUAUUUCAAAUCCAAGAUUGUUCCAGCAUCGGAGAUGGACUUUAAGGAAGCCUUUGCAUUUGACGAAGAAGAUCGACUGAAAGCCGCAAUGGUAAAUCAAGAUAGCCAGGAUGGUUCGAAAUCGAAACUGACGAAGAGACUCAAAUAUUUUACACUUGGAUGAUCUGGGUUUCAAGUUGAGGUGUUGUGUGCUGUCAACUGCCAUACAUAUGUCCGGUGCAAAGCAAGGACCAACUCUGAUGUCAACCCGUCAGAACCUUAUUGUAACCUCUCUAUAUAUGUAAGCUAUUCCAGUCAGUUAAUAAAUCUAUGUCUCAG